UGAACAGCCAAUCAGGAGAAACCAUGGCUACCAUGCAGGUAGAAAAGCUGUAGGUGAGAACUCACUGUCUGUAUUUCAUUGCUGGUGUAACUGGUCUUUCACACUGCUUCUGCUCGUGAGACAAACAUGGCGUCUGCAGGUCUUCAAAUCUUUGGCAUCUUCCUGGCGUCCAUUGGGUUUUUGGGAGACAUCAUCAUCUGUGCUCUGCCAAUGUGGAAGGUGUCUGCUUUCAUUGGGAAUAACAUUGUGACAGCGCAGAUCUUCUGGGAGGGCCUGUGGAUGAACUGUGUGAAGCAGAGCACUGGACAGAUGCAGUGCAAGGUCUAUGACUCAAUGCUGGCUCUGCCCCGAGACCUGCAGGCAGCCCGGGCCCUGAUCGUGAUCUCCAUCCUGGUUGUCUUCAUGGGAGUCCUGCUCGCCGUUGCAGGGGGAAAGUGCACCAACUGCAUUGAAGACGAGGUGGCCAAGAGCAAGGUAGCCAUUGUUGCGGGGGUGUUCUUCAUCGUCGGUGGCAUCCUGUGCUUGAUCCCUGUGUCUUGGUCUGCUAACGAGGUCAUCAGGAACUUCUACAACCCCAUUGUGAACGACGCACAGAGGAGGGAGCUCGGAGCUUCACUGUUCAUCGGCUGGGGAUCAGCAGGGCUCCUGUUCAUUGGGGGUGCGCUUCUCUGCUGUCAGUGUCAGCAGCGUAAGGACAGCAGAUACUCUGUCAAAUAUUCUGCCCCACGCUCAGCAGCUAGUGGAGGAGCCUAUGUUUAAAAUGCCUGCAAGAAAUUAAAGGUUUUAGAGUCUGCACUUGUCUUACUGCUGGAAACUGGACUGAACUCUUCAAGUCAUGUUUUUAUGCUCUAUCAAUGUUUUACUGACUUAUUUUAAUAAAGUAAACUUCCAUGUGA